AUGACGGUCGUAGCCAUCAGCGGCGCGAGCUGGCUGAUCGUCAGCACCUCCACCCUCGACAUGCGGCAGCGGCGGAUCAACCCCGUUCUCAGGCAAUUCACGCCGUCGUUGCGAUUCCGACCUUUGCGCCUUGCGUCGGGGUUCUUCACAGGCGACGCCCAGAAUCUGCUCGCGCGGAUUGAGUUUACCCGCGCGCAUGGGUCGAUGGGCGCCCGCGACGCUGUUUGCGAUAUUGAUUCUGGGAUGUGGUUUCAGAUUGGGGUUGGCGCGGUGACGGGAGGUUUGGUUAGCCCGCUGAUUUCGUGGGGCAAGUAUGAUCCCUUUACUGCACCGGCUCAGGUGGAGGAGAUUAGGAUUGGCUGUGUCGUUCACCGAAAGAUGUGA